AUGGUAGUUUUUUUCUGCAGUGUGCAGGCAACAGACAAAGACUGGGUACAGAUGCAUGGAAAAUUUCUUAUAAUUGGUUCUCCAUCAAGGGUAGUAGUUUAUUUAGAAGGUCCUCCUCCAGGCACUGACAUUCUCCUUAAUAGUCUAGUGUUGAAGCACGCAGAGAAAAUCCCUCCUUCACCUCCUCCAGUUAUUGAGAAUGCAGCUUUUGGAGUUAAUAUUAUUGCGAACAGCAACCUCAAUGAUGGCACCAAUGGUUGGUUUCCUCUUGGCAAUUGCACUCUGACUGUUGGAACUGGUUCACCACAUAUACUGCCUCCAAUGGCAAGUGAUUCUCUUGGACCUCAUGAGCCUCUAAGUGGUUCGUACAUUCUUGUCACUAAUCGCACUCAGACUUGGAUGGGUCCUGCUCAGAUGAUCACAGAUAAAGUGAAACUCUAUUUGACAUAUCAAGUAUCUGCAUGGGUCCGAAUUGGUCCUGGGGCCACUUGUCCUCAGAACAUAAACAUAGCACUUGGCGUGGACAGCCAGUGGGUAAAUGGUGGCCAAGCUGAGGUUAAUGAUGACAGAUGGCAUGAAAUCGGUGGCUCUUUUAGGAUCGAGAAGCAACCAGACAAAGUGAUGGGAUAUGUUCAAGGUCCUGCCCCUGGUGUGGAUAUGAUGGUUGCUGGCCUUCAAAUUUUUCCUGUUGAUCGACAGACAAGGUUCAGACAUUUAAAGAAGCUAACUGAUAAGAUACGUAAGCGUGAUGUUACCCUGAAAUUCUCAGUAUCAGAUUCAGGCAGUUUGCCUGGCACCUUUUUGAGGGUCAGGCAAACACAAAACAGUUUCCCCUGUGGGUCAUGCAUGAUGAGAACAAACAUAGACAAUGAAGACUUUGUUGAUUUCUUUGCUAAAAAUUUUAACUGGGCUGUGUUUGGAAAUGAGUUGAAGUGGUAUUGGACAGAGCCACAGCAAGGAAAUUUCAACUACAGAGAUGCUGAUGAGCUCUUGAACUUGUGCACGAGCCGGAAUAUUGCAGUCCUUGGACACUGUAUUUUCUGGGAGGUGGAAAACAUAGUUCAAUCCUGGAUACGGGCUUUAAAUAAAACAGACUUGAUGACAGCUGUUCAAAACCGUCUGACAGGCCUUCUCACACGCUACAAGGGAAAGUUUAAGCACUAUGAUACUGCAAACAAACUAGACUCAUCUGCCACCCUGUUUGUAAAUGAUUACCAUGUUGAGGAUGGUUGUGACACCAGAUCAUCUCCAGAAAAGUACAUUGAACACAUUCUUGAUUUGCAAGAGCAAGGCGCGCCUGUGGGAGGAAUUGGAGUUCAAGGGCAUAUAGAUAGUCCAGUUGGGCCAAUCGUUUGUUCUGCUCUGGAUAACUUGGGCAUUCUUGGUCUUCCAAUUUGGUUCACAGAGCUUGAUGUGUCUUCCAAUAACGAGCAUGUUAGAGCUGAUGACUUGGAAGUAAUGCUCCGGGAAGCUUUUGUCCAUCCUGCAGUUGAUGGUGUGAUGCUGUGGGGAUUCUGGGAGUUGUUCAUGAGCCGAGACAAUUCUCAUUUAGUGAAUGCAGAAGGUGACCUUAAUGAAGCUGGAAGAAGGUACCUUGCUCUUAAACAGGAGUGGCUGUCCCAUGCUCAUGGGGAUAUCGAUGAUCAGGGACAAUUCGGGUUUAGAGGCUUCCAGGGAACGUAUGAGGUGGAAGUUGUCACCCUGUCCAAGAAAGUUUCUAAGACAUUUUUUGUUGACAAGGGUGAGGAACCCCUGGUGGUAUCUAUAAACUUAUAG